CUCUUUUCUUAACCACUGUUUACUGAGAACUGCAGAGGAACUUCUCAAACUAGACUAGAUUGACUCUCUCUCUCUCUCUCUUCUCGAUAUUCUUUUUCAUUGUACUCUCAAAAGAGAAAGGCAUCCCCAAAAUCUAGGGUUUUUGUUUUUGGUCUUCUCGGUUAUCCGAGAAUAAAAAAUUGACAGUCAUUUGAGGGUAUUGGGAGGAAUGCAGUCCAAGUCUGAAGGUGGAAGUCGAUUAGAACCUGAUCUGCAUGGUGUUCCUCCAACUGCAGUUUAUUCUGAACCUUGGUGGCGUAAUAUUGGUUAUAGUGCCAUCUCCCCAGGAGUGAGAGGAGGAAAUACAUCAAAUUCAUCUUCAAUGGAAUGCCCUAAUGGUUCAGAGUCAAAUGAUGGGCAGUCCCUUUCCAAUGGUGGGGUAAAUGAGGAGGAUGAUGGUAAUAAAGAAACACAAACCACUGCGUCCUCCCGGUCAGUUGGAAAUGGUGGACAAGAACAUCACAAUUUGCAGCAUGUUGCAUCUACUAUGCCUGCUAUGCAUGACGAAUGCCUCACACAGCCUCCUCAGCUUGAGCUUGUCGGUCAUUCAAUUGAUUCCUAGCUUUCCUCCAAUCCUUUUGCAGGCAUGCGCAGCAAAUCCUUAUCAAGAUCCAUUUUAUGGUGGAAUGAUGGCAGCUUAUGGACAUCAACCUUUGGGUUAUCCUCCAUUUGUUGGAAUGCCUCAUGCAAGAAUGGCAUUGCCCAUUGAGAUGGCACAAGAACCAGUUUAUGUGAAUGCUAAACAGUACCAGGGGAUUCUUAGGCGAAGGCAGGCGCGUGCCAAAGCAGAACUUGAGAAGAAGGUUGUAAAAGUCCGAAAGCCAUACCUUCAUGAAUCUAGGCACCAGCAUGCUAUGCGUAGGGCAAGAGGUAGUGGGGGACGUUUUGCAAAGAAGUCAGAUGCUGAUACUUCAAGAAAGGGAACAGGUUCAGGUCCCGCCCUAUCAUCUCAAUCCGCAAGUUCAUCUGGCUCUGAGCCAUUGCCAGCUGAUUCUGCUGAGACCUGGAACUCCUCCCUCAGCCAGCAAGAAGCAAGAGGGUCCCAAGUGCAUGACACCCAUCAUGUAAAUGGCAGUGGUCAUUAUCAGAAUAGAGGUGGUAGCAUCUCCUCUAACCAGGCUUCACAUAGGCCUCUUGCUAUUCAGUGAAUGGAGGACACCCGCUGAAAAGCUGAAGGGCAUAACUCCAAACUGUUGUCCGUGGUCACAUCUUGGCGAUUUAUUGUCAAGGCGGCAAAUCAUUCUUGGCUUUCCUCUUGUGCUUAGGUUGUGGAUGGAAGGGGAGAAGGGAUUGUAUGGGACUCGACAUCAUUUUUGUCGUGUCACUGCUUUCAUCAUUUUCCCAAAAGGUGGAUUUUUGUACAGAUACUGUUUAAAUAAACUCAAAAUGUAGUUGUAGUUUGUGGGAAGGAUUCCAUAACAAGCAGAUUGCCCUUCAGGUUUUCCGUUUCUUUUGAGUUAAAGACGUUUCCUUUUA